AUGUCCAAGAAGGCAAAGGUCGAGCCGCCGACGGCGCUUCCGACUGCGCUCCUCUGCUCGGUCGUCGGCUACGUGGAGUCGCAGGAGGACGCGACGGGCUUGCUCGUGGCGCUACCGCCGGCCGAGCUCGGCGCGCCGCUGGCCGCGCUUCGCGAGCUCAUGACGACGCCCAUGGCCUUUGACGGUCAGUGGCCGACGGUGGACAUGGGCACCAUCUCGGAAGAGAACUUGCAUCUCGUCGUGGACGCGCUGCCCGCGAUCCCAGGUUUGCUUCUGCCACCACGACGCAGUGUGCACGAACGCCACCUUCCGGCGCUCCUCGCCGCCUUACCAUCCAAACUUGAGGCGGUCAGUUGUUUUCUCGACAAGGAGUGGCUUGACAUGCCCGAGUUCAGAGUCGUCAUCCCCUUGUGCACACGUCUCAAGGACGUCGAACUUGGCAUGUCUCAUCUCGAAGCGACGUUGCUGCCGCCGAGCGUCCACAAGUUGACGGUUUUCCUUGCCCCAGGCAUGAACGACCCUCCGUUCGACCCACUGGCGCAGUGCCUCCAGACAGGGCACGUCACAGACCUUGGCCUCAACGACUUCAACUCGGCAACAAGCGCAGACGCCAUUGCGGCGAUGCUCGCGACAACCACGUCCGUCACGAACCUGGAAUUGAAAAACUCGGAAGCGGUCAUCGAUGCGCUCAUUGCCGCGCGCAGACCUCUGCACCACUUGAAGGCGGUGCAGCUCGAUCUGGACACUCGACUCUUGCGCGGCGACAUUCGUGACUUCAUGGCACUCCUCGAUGUCUCCAACCUCACGCACCUCGACGCCGGAGGCUUGAACGACUUCAACUGCCUCCUUCCGUUCCUCAGUCCGAUGCCGCUCCUCGAAGAGCUGGCGCUGCGGUUGGGCAAGCUCACGUUGGCACCGGACGCGCUCAUGGCCACUCCGCUGCCGAGCUUGAAGGUGCUGACCGUGCAGCGCGUGUCGAUGGACGCUGCCAGUUUCGAGACUUUUCUUCUCUGGGCGUCCAACCUGCCCAACUUGGCCAAAGUGCAUUGGUUCGACAUGGACCGCAUUCCGGUCGCGUCGUUGGGCCUCUUCCUGCAUGUCAUUGGUUUGUGGACGCACCGCCUCUCGGUUGUGUCGCUUCGCUCGUGCAACUUCAGCGGACAUCACGACUACCGGUAUGAGACGCUGGGUCUCUUGCUCUCGACGCGACCCGUGACAGCGCCCCCACUUUUACUCGACCUCAAGGCCACUUUUCUCAACCGCGAUACCCUCCGCGUCACCGACGUCAUGGCACUUCUGGACGCACUGGACGUUCGCCCGGACAUCACGCUCCAAUUGAAUGUCAAUGCCGACGACGAGGCAGCCAUUGCGGCCUAUGCAGACUCGAAGCACAUCAGCAUGGAGAUCCUCGCGCGUCCCAACCCACUGGGUACCCCCAACCCACUCGAGCCUCUCGACUGCCGCUUUUACGCGUGCUAG